AUGGCAACCAGACCCCCCUUGUCACCUCCGGUGAACGAGACGGAGCAUACCGUCUCCAGGAUCACGCGUGAGGGCAAGAAGCUUACAUACAGGUUAAGCGUCAUGCAACAACCAGAACGUGCAAGAGCCUGCGGCGCAGGCGCCAAGUCGUCAGCAGACCGUCGGCCUGUUGAUCCUCCACCGGUUGUUGAGUUACGAAUUUUCGAAUCAGACCCCAGUGACGAUCACCAUAAAACCGAUAUCACGUUCGCAUAUAAUGCCAAUUUUUUCCUGUUUGCGACGUUAGAUACCGCUCGCCCUAUGGCACAAGGCAGACUUGCUCCGAACCCGACAUUUCCAGUAUUGACUGGUGUUCCUGUGGCCGGCGUGGCAUACUUGGACCGCCCAUCGCAAGCGGGAUACUUUAUUUUCCCGGAUCUCUCGGUGCGACAUGAAGGUGUAUACCGCUUGAAUUUCCACCUAUACGAGGAAACCAAAGACAGUAAGGAUAUAACCGAGGGUACUCCAAUGUCUAAGCCGAUUCCCGCCUCGAACCCAACGAAGCCGUCAGCGCCCAAAUCAUGCCUGGAUUUCCGUCUCGAGGUUGUCACGGUACCGUUUACGGUGUUUAGCGCGAAGAAAUUCCCAGGACUCACCACGAGCACCUCUUUGAGUCGUAUCAUCGCGGAGCAAGGUUGCCGUGUUCGUAUUAGACGUGAUGUUCGGAUGAGACGUCGCGGGGACAAGCGGCCAGACGACUACGAUUUUGAUGAAAAGAGGGCUUAUCGAUCUGUUGACCGGUUUUCCACCCCUGAUACGUAUGUCGCGAAUCCGAUCGAGCGUCCUCGAUCGACCAGCAUCGGCACAGUGGACCCUGCGUUCCCUUACGGCCCCGAAGCUCAGCGACGACCUUCUGCAACAGAGUACCACUUCCAGGCUACACAGCCCUACCAGCGCCCCAUUCCCCCUACUCCUACGCAAUCUUGCACCCCAGCACCGACCGGUCCCCCACAUCCAUCCCAUACUCCCUCAUACUCGUCGCACCUGUCAUUCGGUUCGACACAGACUCAAUACUCAGCUCCUCAACUACCUCGAACUCCACAGUCUGCAACACCACCAGCGAGUGUAUAUUCUCCUCGUCCAUCCAUCUCGCACGCAAGGAACCCAUCGAUCUGUACCGAGUACGAAUCGACUCACGCAGGGUAUCCGUGUCCUUCCGAUCGGUUACAAGCUGAGCGCUCUUCAUAUCUGCCGCCUCUCCGCCUAGAGCCUCCCAAGGGCCUCAAUAUGCAGCAGUCUGCUGAUCCGCGUUCGUCUGAUCCAACUGCGUGCCACUCUAUGGUCCAACCUCCGGCAGCUCGGACUCAAAAUCCCCACCUCGUGCCGUCGCUCCCGCCACUCAAGUCUCUUUCCGGAGAAUACUCUAAUAAUCCACAGCCAAUGAACGGCUUCACGCACAGCCCCAGUCAUGAUCUGAACUCAGGGAAGAAGCUUUUCUGGGAGACCGGCUCCAGCGUGUCCAAACGAAACUACGAGGACAGCUUUGGCCACGACGAGCGUCCACUUUACAACGGUAUGCGACCUGAUUCUGAAGCCUAUACUCCAGGAAGUCGCCGAUCAUCCGAGGCAAGCCGGUUAUCAUUCUACAGCGAAACUCGCGAUGAGAUGGCCUAUAAAAGAGCCAACGGGAGGAUGGCCACGAAAAUAUCUCCUGCCAUUCAAUAG